AUGAGCUACUACGGCAGCUACUAUGGGGGUCUGGGCUAUGGCUAUGGCUCUGGUUAUGGCUGUGGAUGCGGCAGUUUCCGUGGCCUAGGCUAUGGCUUUGGCGGCUUGGGCUAUGGAGGCCUGGGCUAUGGUGGCUAUGGCUAUGGAGGCCUGGGCUGUGGUGGUUAUGGUUAUGGCUGCUACCGUCCAUCUUACUAUGGAAGGUAUUAUUCCUCUGGCUUCUACUGA